AUGGCAGUGGAGGAAAUUAACGGCGAUCCCAGGAUCCUGCCAAACCACGUGCUACAUCUGACGGUGCAAAACUACUCCAUCGCCUCUUUCGGUAGUCAGCUCGCAGCGUUUGGACUGCUCGAGAACCAUCCGGUGGCUGUGAUUGGCCCGCACACAUCUGACCAGGCCGCCCGAUUCAGCCCAAUUGCAGCGGCAACCCAGGUGCCGUUCAUAUCGGCAUCAGCAACGGACGUGCAGCUCACUCAGGGCGCCACCCGCCCCUUCUUCAUGCGCACCGUGGCCAGCGAUGGCGUGCAGAUGGCCGCCAUGGCAGGUGGGGAUGAAGCGUGCCAGAUUCCAGGUGGGGAUGAAGCGUGCCAGAUGCCAGAGCUGAUCAAGCACUACAAGUGGCAGCAAGUGGCGCUCAUUUACAGCGACGACCGCUUCGGCCGCAAUGGAGUGGCUGCACUCACCUCACAGCUUAUCACCAUCCGUGCGGAGGCGGAUGUGGCAGUGCGGGUGGCCAUCCCGCGGUCAGCCACAGACGAGGCCAUUCACGACUACAUAUCCUCCCUGGUGCCUCUAGACGUGGCGGUCUACGUGCUGCACGCCUCCGCCACUGUCUUCUCUACCGUUGUUGAAGCUGCUAGUGUAUCCUUCUUUGCCCCUCUCUUCCCGUCCCACCUCUAUAGCCGCCUUUAUCCCCUUGCCUUCCUGCUGCUGCCACUUCUCACAGCAGCACGCAUCCCUCAACUGCACGACAUCAUAACCCCUCUCAUCCUUUCCCUUUCUCCCCUGCUGCCCGUGCUCGUUCCAUACAGCACUCGCUCUAUUCCCUCCCUAGCUGCUCUUGCUCUAGCAGAUCCUACGCCGGGACCGCUCCUGGUACUGCCGCACUCUGUCCUCUCGCUGUCGCUCCUUCUCUGCUGCCCUCGAGACUUCUGGUGUCCGCACACCUUCUCUCUUGCCUCGCCAGUCCUCCUCGCGCCUCCACUCCCUUCCUCUUUCCGGUGA